ACAGGUAAAACGGAUCACCUAGCUGUAGCGAUUACGUAACUCUCACCUGUUAAAGCAUGUUGGCCUCUGUGAACGUCAAAGAUGACUUACUGCUACCUUUGAUUAGGAGAUGUAUCGGGUGCAUAAACUUUACCAUACAACAUGAGCGGACCGACGCCGAAGGCACAGUAUUUAUACUCUCGCCAUGUAACGCCACUCCGAUCGUGUAAACUGCCCAGACUUUACGGGAAAACUCAGAAAAGUAUUCAGAAUCGACCAUCUUCGGAAUGCCUCAUCCGCCAUCCCACGGAACUUGCAAUCCGUCCAAACACUGCCCACCCGGAAGUCAUCAUAGAUAGUAACAAUGUCUAUGUCCGGAAGCAGAGUCAGGGGUUUUCCGGCGACGACGACUACGAUCUUUCCGACUGCGAGACAGACUUAGGGGAAGAUGAUUCAGAAGUAGAGAGAUAUUACACGGAUGAAACGAGUCAGUAUAGAUACCUGUGUGAACAACUUGGGAUCAUUCCUUGUAGCACCAUCAUUCGCCAGCUGAAAAAAACAUGGGUAAACCUGUCGUACAGUCAAAUGACGUCAUUAGACAUCCGGGCAUUUUCAACACUUCUUAUUAGCAACACAAAGAUAACAGCAUUGAACGUAUCCAACAACGACCUUGGCAGCAAGGGCGUCAUCUACCUGGCUGAAGUGAUUGCUGAAAACAUCUUUAUAAACAAACUGGAAAUGUCAGCUGUGAAUUUAGACGAAACUGGCUUCAAAGCCAUCGCUGGAGCUCUUUUAGACAAUAGAAAUAUUACUUAUUUGGAUAUCUCCAAGAAUAACAUCGGUAAAAGAAGUGCCAAGGACUUAGCCUGGCUCCUUAGGAGGAACGACUUUAUCGAACAUUUAGAUCUCUCUGGAAAUUUAAUUGAUGACGUAACAGGAACGGAAAUCGGACCAGCAAUAGCAUCCAAUUUGACGUUGAAAUUCCUUGAUCUGAGUUGGAACCACAUACGGCGUCAUGCGGCUCGAGUCUUGGUUGAGUCAAUCUGCAAAAAUGUAGAAUUGGAAAGCGUCAAUCUGUCAUGGAACGGACUAGCAGAAUUUGGUUGCCGGGCAUUCGAAAAGCACUUUCCUAAAAACCAUACUCUAAAAAGUUUGGACAUCUCCCACAAUAGGAUAGGUUUCCAUACAUUGGGGUAUUUCCUUAAAGGCUUAAAGGACAAUGACACGUUGCAAGAAUUAAAAAUUUACGGAAAUCCCAUUACUUCAGAUGGAGCGCUAACAAUACUGACGGUCUUUGAAAAUUCCACGCGCGCACUUAAGGAGAUCAAUAUACAGGACAUACCAAUAGAUGGACGUUUUAAAACAAAGGCAUGGGAAUUGAUAGAGAAGAAAGAAUUGAAGAUCAAACACGGCGAUUUGCGGAAAAAACCAGCCCCCCUUAAAGAGCGUGGGCAGUCCAUAGAUGAUUUCAACCCUCUCCUCGUGUUGUUUGAGCACAUGCGUCAGCAAAACUUACGACUAAUCGACCUUUUCCGCAAUUUGGAUGCUAAUAAUGACCACAGUAUUACAAGCGACGAAAUUCAGGCUGGCCUUGCAAAAUUCAAUGUUAGCAUCACAGACAGUCAAACUGAACAGCUAGUCAAUAGCAUGGACAGAGAUAAAAACGGUGCAAUCGACUUUAGUGAACUGGUGCAGGGGAAAAAAUAUGUCAAUAAAAUUCGGCGGUCGUCAAAAGCAGUCGGGAAUGAUAAAUUAGCAGAAAUGUUAGAAGGAUUAGAGAAACUUAUGAAGAAAGAGCGAAUACAGAGCCAGGCAAAAAAAUCAGCGGAGAGACGGGAGAGGCGGGCCUCCCGUCUGCCAUUGCUAAGAGAGAAGACAUAAUGCUCGUCUCCAUUGUGUGACGUCAGUGUUACGUCGACAUUUAUUCAGUUUCUAAGACUUAUUCUUAGUCACCUAUAAAUAAUACUUAAUAGUUUACUGGUACUGUGCCAGUUAUUGGCUAGGCCAAGAUACCGGCUAUAAUAAAAGUUUAGGCAAUGAAAUGGAUCGUAUGAAAAAAUCAAGUCCUCAAAGAAAUGGGUGGUACCUGUGCAGUUCGACCCUUUCAUUCAAUAAAAUAUUUCCCCAGACGCAGAUCGUUCUGUUUUAUUGCAUUCAAACUCAAGACUGACCCGUCGGUGAGGCUGAAGGGAGUUAUUCUUCUUCAGCAUCUAACAAUGGAAAUUAUAGUUUGUGUUAGGUCUCGCUUUUUACAGUGGUUAGCGUUUUGGCUUUAUGUCAUGUAUCCAAAAUCGAUGCUUAGUCAAAGCGCUACCUAUGAUGAAUCAAAGUAUUGAGAACACUGAAAGCUGGAUUAGUUCAAUGUAAAUGUGCGUUUAUGACAUGAUUUUACCAAGAAUGACAAUUUAUCUAUUUUGAAAAUACCGAUAACAUAGUGACUGUUCUUUUUCAAGAUGCAAGCAGAGAUGGAAAAUGAAACGACAUUUUUAAUGACAACAGAAAACUGGAUCAGUAGUGUGAAAGAAAAAUCAUUUCGAGAAAAAAUGAUGAUAUUGUAACUCACAGUUUUUUGCGUCAUGCAAGGUCAUAGUCCUCUGGUUCUGUACCUAGUACAUUUUGACACAAUGCGUUUAUUCUGCGGUACACAGAUAUACAUUGUAGUCAGACGAUAGGGAUUGUAGAAGAUUGUUUAUUCAUGUUUAUUUAUGUAUUCAUAUCUCACGUUAUUACUGGCAAUAUUUAUAAAAUUUCAUUAUUAGGAGAAGA